CUCCACUCUCCAGAGGGCAUUAGCCUCUGCUGCUUACGCGGUGGCAUGUCGCCCUUGAAAGCUCUGACUUUGCCCGAGAUCCCCACGGCCCGGCUGUCCUGAUACCAUCGGAUCUACCUUUAGAGUGCGCGCGGACGGAACCAUGUCUGAACAUCUGGAAGGAAGAAAAUAGCGCUGUUUGGUGCGUCUAGGUCUUUCGAGGCGGUUGUCAGUCAUGGGAGACUGUCAAAACGAGGAAGAUGUCUCGCAACAGCUGCUCAGCCGGCACAAGGAAGCCGUGUCGGCUGUCUCUGACCGCAUCGCCAGCUUCCAUGCUCGCCGAAUUCCUUUUCGCAUCUUCCAUGGCAACACCAACUCGACUCGCCUGAGUGAGCGGACACGGGGCGCUACCGUCGACAUCUGCAAACUCGAAAAUGUCAUCUCUGUCUCAUCUUCGAAGCGGACAUGUCUGGUUGAGCCUAACGUCCCCAUGGACCGCCUUGUCGCGGCCACUCUGAAGCACGGCUUAGUACCCCCCGUCGUCCCAGAAUUCCCGGGUAUCACAGUUGGAGGUGGCUUUGCUGGGACGGCAGGCGAGAGUAGCAGCUUCAAGUAUGGUUUCUUUGACAAGAGCGUGAUCUGGUUCGAGGUGGUUCUGGCGGACGGAAAGGUGGUGACAGCCUCCGCGACCGAGAGGGCAGACUUGUUCUACGGAAUGGCCGGAACAUUCGGCACGUUGGGGGUCAUUACCCUGUUCGAGAUGCGUUUGAUUCCGGCAAAGGAGUUCGUCGAACUGUCGUAUAUCCGGGUCGGAGGCAUUGAACGGGCGCAAGAAGUGAUCAAACAGGUCACGAAGCGGGGAGAUGCGGAUUUUCUGGACGGGAUAAUGUUUGCUCCCGAGAAGGGAGUGAUAUUGGUUGGCCAACUCGCUGAACGAGACGAGAAGAACAAAGACCUACCAGUCGUGACAUUUACCAAGCCUUGGGAUCAGUGGUUCUAUCUCCACGCCGAGGAAAAAAUGAACGAUACUGACGCCACGACACCUCUAUCUCCAUCGCCGUCAUCACCAUCAGCAUCCGCUCCGCGCGACUUAAUCCCCUUGACAGACUACCUCUUCCGCUAUGACCGAGGCGCCUUCUGGACGGGUCGCUUUGCAUACACGUAUUUCUGCAUACCCUUUACGCGCACGAUCCGCUGGCUGGCAGAUUACUUCAUGCACACGCGCAUCAUGUACCACGCGUUACACCGUUCCGGCCUAUAUCAGCGGUUCAUCAUCCAAGACAUGGCCCUUCCUAACAAAAACAUUCCGGAAUUCUCUCGUUGGUUGGACGAGGAGUUGCCGCACAUCUACCCACGCUGGCUGUGUCCCUUGAAGGAUGGUGACAGCGUGAGCAUGAACCCCCACCUCCGUAACCGAACCUCCUCGAACGCAGAAUCCAGUCCAGCCUCGGAUCCCGACCCGAAGAGCAAGGAGGGUGAUGGCUUCGACAACGCGCUCCUGAACAUCGGCGUCUGGGGCGAAACACCGCCCACCACCCUGCACGUCACCAUCAACCGCCUCAUCGAGGCCAAAUUAAAGUCUCUGGGCGGGAUGAAGUGGCUGUACGCCCAGACCUUUUACACCGAAGACGAAUUCUGGGCCAUUUACGACAAGAGGUGGUACGACGACUUGAGGACGAAAUACCAGGCCGACGGGCACAUACCGAGCGUGUUCGAGAAAGUCAGGACCAAGGACAUCUUUGAGCUCGACGGCGAGGGCCAGGUGCUGCGAGAUGCGCGCAUGCCGGUUGAAAAGGGCGUGUGGCGGAUCUGGCCCGUUGCGGGUGUCUACGGGGCGCUGAGUGCGUUGAAGGGCGGCGACUACCUGCGCAAGCGGUGAGAACGGACGCUAGAGGAUGGGCGAGUAUAGACAGAUUGUAUAGAACGCCGAUCCCGAACACGGAUGAGAUACAUAUCUAGAGACAUAGAAAUGGUCGAUUAUGAAGCCCCAGGGGUGGAGGAGACCCAGUCUCAACCUCAUUACAAUCGAAC